GGUGACAGGUUUUCUUAUUUGUGUGAAGAGUUUUGCAAAAUUAGCCAAUAGUUACAAAAAAUGUGCUUAAGCAAUCAGAAAAAACUGUAAUCUGAUAUCACAUCAUUAGCCACAAGUGUGAUAAAUUUUGAGUUGUUGUGUUCAACUGGUAAAUGGACUGGUUCUUAUAUAGCGCUUUUCUACUCUGUCUGAGCACUCAAAGCGCUUUAUACUACUAAUUCAUUCACCCAAACACACAAGCACUUUUUUCUGAGCUAAGUAGUCUACCAUUCACACUCCGAUGGAUGCAUCGGAGUUAGCAUCCCUAGGCAAGAUGCUAACACCAUGUGGCAAAGGAGAGCCACAUGGUGUUAGCAUCAUGCCUAGGGAUAUUUGGCAUGCAGACUGGGAUCGAACCACCAACCUUCUGGUUAGUGUCUGCCCUGCUCUGCCACCUGAGCUACAGUGUUUGACUUUUUCCACCUGUGCUCACCAUUAUGCAACACAGGUGCAUCACAAUGACAAUGUGUUGACAAGAUGUGUCUAAACAGAUGAAAAGUGCUUAUGGUUUCGCCAAAAGAGUGACUGAUUCAAUAAGUGGGUUCAGGCAACUGAGACUUUGGUUCAAGAAAUAGGGUUUAGUGUUUUAGCAAUCGAGAAAAACUGUAAGUUACUUGCAAAUUCAAAAUAGUGCAGUACCCACUGAAGGUCAAGCUUUGUGCACAGUUGUCGAAUGACGCUGGAGAGAUUUUGAAGCCUGAAGCUGCAGUAAUUGCUUCUUAGUCCAGAGUCAGUCAGUGUUAUUACAAACAAUCUUGCAUCCCAUUUUAAAACAAAUUUAAUGGUGUUUUGACUUAUUUAUUGUUAUUAUUAAUCAGUGAUGAUUUUUUACUGUGGUAAAAACAACAGGAAAGGUGAUUUACCUGUAUGACCUCUUCAGCAUCAUUGAACAAAGAAAGUAGCUCUUAGUGAGAGGUGAAAUUCUGUCUGUCAUAUUGGAAACUUAUAAGAAAACAUUUACAUAGCAUUUUCAGUGGGAGAAACAUUUCUCAGCUGAAAACGUUACAACCGGAUGAACAGAUUUGCUUACCUGGAUGAUUAAGCAUGCUUCAAGACAUUUACGCAAAAGCAAUUUUAGCAUUUUCACAAGGAAUUCUCAUGGAGCCACAUCUUCUCUCUCUCAGGAAUACUGUGUUGUUUUGGUGGAAAUGAAGGAAAGACUGCUGUGAAAGCAAAAGAGAGAGCAGAUGUCACCCUACAGACAGGAGAAAGUCCAAGUAAUGCCAAGAUAAUAUGGACUUUUGGAGCCGAAAAUCCAAACAUGCGACUUGCCACCAUAAAGAAGAGAGUGGUGAAGAGUGACUAUGAUGCGCGUUUUAAAGACAGACUGCAGCUGAACAGUCAGACUGGAGCUUUGACCAUCACACAGCUCAGCGUCCAGGACUCAGGCAUCUACAAGUGGCAGGCCAUCAGCGACACCAUCUUAUGGAAGCAGUUUAACCUGACUGUUUAUUGUAAGUACAUCCGCUCACUCGCGUCACUAGACCUGGAAGACAAUUUAAUAAAAAGGCAACAUUUUUUCCCCACACUGAUUCAUGAAAAGAUGCACAACAACUCCUUACUGCUGCUCUGUUUAGAUACAUUAGCCUCUAUCUCACCUCAUUUCUAUAUCUUGCCAGGAAUAGGCAGACUGGGGAAGCCAGGGAUCGAACCACCAACCUUCCAAUUAGUAGCUGACCUGCUCUACCACCUGAGCCACAGUCACCCUUCUAUGUGUUCUUCCUCUUUUCCUCAUACCACACAGCUUCAAAUCCUCUUUAUAUUAGUGCCUGUCUCCGAACCAUGCAUCAUAGCAGGUCUUAUUCCCCUUUCACUUUUGCUGUUACCAUUCUUUCACAAAUCAGUCGGAGACUUGCCUACACCCAUUCCACCCUGCCUGCACUCUCUUCUUCACCUCUCUUGUGCAUUCACAGUUCCUUUACAUUCCUGUUACUUAAACUCAUCUACCUUUGCUAUCUCUACUCCUUGAACUUUCACUUUUCCAACUGUGUCCUUCUCAUUCACACACAUGCUUCCACUGAAUUUUUUUCCCUUUCCCCUCUUCUCUCCG